CAAAUAGCCUACGCGUUCUAUACUUCCACUCACUGCAACCAUGGCCGGCGACAGUGAAACACAUCUUAAGGGCAGAGAGGAGAAUGGCCAUACCAUCCGACAGCCUUUCCUUAUCGGUGUGUCUGGAGGCACCGCCAGUGGGAAGUCCUCAGUAUGUGGGAAGAUCAUGGAGCUCUUGGGCCAGAAUAAAAUUGACCAUCAUCAACGUCAGGUGGUCAUUCUCAGUCAAGACAGCUUUUACAACGAGCUCACGCCUGAACAGAAGUCCAAAGCACUAAAGGGCCAGUUCAACUUUGAUCAUCCUGAUGCUUUUGACAGUGAACUCAUUAUGAAGACACUGCGUGACAUCCUUCAGGGGAAGACAGUGCACAUCCCUGUGUAUGACUUUGUUACCCAUUCCAGAAAGGAUGAGUUUGUGACCCUAUAUCCAGCAGAUGUGGUUCUUUUUGAAGGGAUUCUCAUGUUUUACUCGCAAGAGAUUCGCGAACUAUUCCAGUUGAAGCUGUUUGUGGACACCGACCCAGACACGAGACUCUCACGAAGAGUGCUGCGGGACAUCAGUGAGAGAGGCAGAGAGUUGGAACAGGUUCUGACCCAGUACAUCACUUUUGUAAAGCCAGCUUUUGAGGAGUUCUGUCUUCCAACCAAAAAGUAUGCAGAUGUCAUCAUUCCUCGUGGAGCGGACAACCUUGUGGCUAUUAACCUUAUCGUGCAACAUAUUCAGGACAUCCUGAAUGGAGGAGUCACAAAAAGACAGAAUGAUUUAAUAAACAGCCAUGGAACUCCAAGACAAAGAAGCACGUCAGAGUCCAGUAGACCUCACUGACCUCACUGUGGCCCUUUCCUCCAUUGAGGAGAGGGCAGGACUGAAUAAUAACGGCAGACAUCCCUUUUGAAUAUUGUGGAUAACUGUUUGGUCAAAUUACUUUCAAAGGGUUAUAAAGGUGCUGUGUUUUUUGGAAGGGUUGAUUCCACACUUGGUCUGUCCUGUCAGUGUGUCUAUCUGCUUACUCAGCUACUCAGUAAAUAAAGGAAAAGAUUAGUAUUGAAUUUUGAUUUUGGUGAGAUUGAAUGUAGAGACGAUGUUGAUCACAGUACUGUUGGCACAAAUACUUGAAGUCAGAGCUCAGGUUGGGUGGGUUGUUCCAUCUGCAAAGAAAAAAACCCUAGUACCUCAUAUUUGAGGCCCUUUAUGUGUAUGUGAAUGAAGAGAUAUGGUUGUGUAAAGAUGAUAUUAUGGUAUGUUAGUAUGUAUGUGACAUUCUUGUGGUCACAUUUGACUAUUUUUAGUUUUUAAUUGAGUCUGACCUUUGUUAUAUGGUUGAUUUCUAACAAUCAUACGGUUUUGUUUUUUACGUGGUACGACAUGGCACAGUUUGGCCUCUUUGUACCUGUGAGAUGAAUAUUUCAUUUACAGUGUUACAAUAAAUAUUUCUACAUUUUAGCCACAAUAUCUUAGUUUGCAGUGUAAGGUAAGCGGAUUGCCAAAAUAACACCUUAUUUGAUGUUCAGUAAGCAGGGCUAUAGAACAGAUCACAUUAUAUUAGACAUGGGUUAGUUUUAUCUGAUGUAAAAAUGUUGUCCUGUGUAACAAAAAUACCCCUAAAAAACAAUUAUCUUUAACACUAAUUUUUACAAUGAAUAUACUGUUUGGCACAUAACUGCUUCCAAACUUGGAAUUACUUGAACCGAAAUGUAAUUUCUCCUCAGACUCCUGUUUGUACCCUGAUGUUUUUACCAGAUGACCUCUUUUUGGUAUAGUUUUGUUGAAAAUAACUGUUACGGUGGGAAGGAAUAAAAUAAAUAAUAAACUGCUGUCUUUGUUU